UACUGGCAGCUAGGGAUGGAAGCAGCCACCAAUUUUAGCUCUCUCAGCUUCUCUUUCUUCCAGUCUUAAAUUUGAUUAUUUUCAUUUCUGCAGCAAUCUGCAGUCCCCCUAAAAUCUGCCACCUGAGGCAGCUGCCUCACUCUGUCUGAUGGAAGGACCGGUGCUGCAUUUGUCUGCGGUUUGCUUGCUUGCUUGCUUUAAUGGUUGUGUCGUUCUCACUGUUACGAUAUAUUGGAUUUUCGUUGUCAUUGUACACACAUACAUACUCUGGGAUCUGCUUGGAUGUUUCUGACCUUUUUAAUAAUGAUAAUGAUAAUGAUAAUGAUAAUGAUAAUGAUAAUAAUAAAUUAGUUCCUCAGAUCUUACAGAAAAGAGUCUGAAGAAGCCACAGGCAGGCUUUUCAAAGAAUGGUUCUCAUUUUCCCUUACUCGUGCCUCAGCCGAUGACAGCCAAUUAAUUGCUUGUCCCUGAGCUUGCCUUGCUCAGUAGGCAGAAAAUACAGAGAUAAUUCAAAUAGGCAGAGAAUACAGAGAUAAUUCAAACUAGAGAGAAAUUCAGAAAUUCAAGUAGGCAGAGAAUACAGAGAUAAUUCAAACUAGAGAGGGUAGGAUGGAAUGGAGCUAUCCUGGAAAAGGGCACAAGUGGCUGGCUAGCACUAUAGAGCACACUGCACAGCGUUUUGUUGCAGUUUUCACUUGUGGGACUAGAGAUUUCUCUGGAAGUUGAUCUUCAAGCAAUUAAGCAGUGGAUCCAGACUUAUUACAGGUAGGUAGCCGUGUUGGUCUGACAUAGUCGAAACAAAAAAUAAAAAAAAUUCCUUCCAGUAGCACCUUAGAGACCAACUAAGUUUGUCAUAGGUAUGAGCUUUCGUGUGCAUGCACACUUAGUUAGACUUAGAGUAGACCCAUCAGGUAAAUGGGACAAUCUCAUUGCUUGCAAUGGAUCUGCACACCAUACAGAGAAAGCACAUUCCCGCCCCCUAAGAAUCCUGGGAGCUGUGGUUUAUGCCUCACAGAUCUACAAUUUCAGCACCUUUUACAAACUACAAUUCCCAGGAUUCUUUGGGGGGAGGUUUGCUUUAAAUAUAUGUGGCGUGCACAACCCAAAUGUGAACCCAACCCUUACACUCUGCUCAGAUUCAUCAGCUGUGCAUGUUUGGGCUACAAAGAGGCAAAGUUUCAGACGCUGCAAACAACUGUGGCUUGGAACAGCUGGACACAGAACCAACUAAAGGGGAGGUGACCUUGGUCAUAGUCCUGUUUGGUACUGUGCCCUAUAACUGACCAGGAACACUGACCACAGUGCUAUCAAAUCCAUUAACUUGGGGUCCUUUCCAACUCUAAGAUUCUAUGAACUAUCUAAACAGUUGCGGGGAAAGUCCAGCUCUUGAUUUCAAAAGAGGAAAUUCUUUUAAAAACAAGGGAGUUCUGGUAAAAAAAAAAGAGAGGAGGAAGCUGAAAAAAGAGCAUUUCCAGAAACAGCUUGAAAGCAAAGCGGACAGAGGUUCUUCGUCCUGAUCCGUCCCUCUCAUGGGCUCUCCGCGGCCUCCGUCGGUGAACAUGGAAGGGCCAAUGUGCCUGAUCGAGAACAACCCCAAUGAACAGCUGCGGGUCAACCAGGAAGCCCUGAAGAUCUUGCAGAGCAUCCAACAGCCAGUGGUGGUGGUGGCCAUUGUGGGACUGUACCGCACUGGCAAGUCCUACCUCAUGAACAAGUUGGCAGGAAAGAAGAAAGGCUUCUCUCUGGGUGCCACCAUACAAGCAGAGACCAUGGGUAUCUGGAUGUGGUGCCUUCCUCACCCUGAAAAUCCUGACCACACCUUGGUGCUUUUGGACAUGGAAGGACUGGAUGAUGUGGAGAAGAGCAACAUCGAGAACGACGCGUGGAUCUUUGCCUUGUCCAUUCUGCUUAGCAGCACCUUGGUCUACAACAGCAUGGGUACCAUCGACCAGUUUGCCUUGGAAAAACAGCAGUAUGUGACAGAGCUGACUAAGCGAAUCAAGGUAAAAGCCACAACCACAAAGACCUCUGAGGAUGGAGAGGAGGAAAACAGUGACGAAUUUCUCAGGUUCUUUCCAGCCUUCGUUUGGGCUGUGCGUGAUUUCACGCUACAGCUGAAGCUGAACGGAAGCCCUAUCUCUUCUGACAAAUAUCUGGAGAAUGCCUUGAGGAGGAAGAAAGGACAACCUGAGAAGCUGGAUCUUGCCAAGAAAUGCAUCCGUCAAUACUUCCCCAGCCGCAAGUGCUUUGUCUUUGACUGCCCAGCCAGAAGCCAUGACUUAUCGGAACUGGACGACCUGUCUGAAAAGAUGCUAAGCCCCAACUUUGUGGUGCAAGCACACCGUUUCCGCCAGCACAUAUAUGAGAGCGCUCAGCCCAAAAUGAUCCAAGGAGGACACCUGGUGACCGGGACAUUGCUGGGUCACCUGGUGGUGACCUACGUGGAUACAAUCUCCAGUGGGUCCAUACCCUGCAUAGAGAACGCGGUGGUAGCCUUGGCGCAGAUUGAGAACACAGCUGCAGUGCACGAUGCCAUUACACACUAUGAAGCGGAGAUAGAGAAACAGUUGAAGCUGCCCACCGAGACUAUUGAGGAGCUGCUGAAAGUGCACGCCCAAUAUGAGAAGGAGGCCAUUAAAGUGUUCUUGGCUCGGGCCUUCAAGGAUGACGAUCACGACUAUCAGAAAGAACUUGGGGAACGGCUGCAAUCCAAACUUUCCGAGUUGUGUUCUCGCAAUGAGCAGGCGUCGUCAGAUCGUUGCCAGGCGGUGCUCCUGGAGCUAUUCCAGGACCUGGAGGAGAAGUUCAGCAAGGGGAGCUACUCUGUGGCUGGUGGUUACCUGAAGUUCCUGGAUGACCAGAAGGAAAAAUUGGAACAGUAUCACCUACUGCCUGGGAAAGGGAUCAUGGCUUCCAAGGCCCUGGAAGAAUUCUUGAAAUCCAAGGAGGCAGCAGCACAGUCCAUUCUGCAGGCUGACCGGACCCUCACAGAAAAAGAAAAGGAGCUUGAAGCGGAGCGAGCCCGGGCCGAGGCUUCUGCACGAGAAGCUAAGCUGCAGGAACAAAGGAAAGAGGAGGCCAUCAAGAUGGCCCAGGAGAAAGAGCGGAGUUAUAAGCAGCAUGAAGCACAGUUAGUGGCCAAGAUGGAAGAAGACAGGAAGAAGAUGCAGGCUGAGCAUGAGAUGAUGAUGAACAGGAAGCUUGAGGAGCAGAAGUGCCUUCAGAAGGAAGGGUUUGAGCAAGAAGUCGCAAAGCUUCAACUUCAGAUCCAGGCACUGCAGGAGACGGUGGAGAUGCAGAGAACUACGUGUGGCCCCCCGCAUCAUCGUUGUGUAAUUCAAUGAAAACAGCAUCCCUGGAAGUGUCGAUGGGUUGAAUAAAGGUGUCUAGAUUGGCCUCAGGACCGUGGAUGGGAGUGCAGCUAGGAAGCCAGGGGAUGAACGGAGAUCUACCUUAUGUUACCAUUUAGUUGGUGUUUGCAGUCUGUUUGCGCACAAAGGAACCCCAACUCUGCGUUUUUAAGACACAAGUCUAUUUCUAAGGGGUCAUCUACACUUCCACUUGAUCUGUGCCUCUAAAGUACAGGUCUGAGUGGUUUUCCAUUUGCCCCACUCCUUUUCCAAGGAAAACCUGCUCUUUAGUUCUCAACUGAAGCAAACAAACCCGAAUUGCUGUUUGCACCGAUCGAGCACUAAAGAGCAGUUUUCCCCUGCCCCCAGGACAAGGUGAAGUGUGGAUAAGCCCUAACAGAAGAGCAACAUGAAACAGACUGUGACAUGAAGACUCAGCCUUGGGCCAGUCAGUCAGUCAGCCUAACCCCAAGAGCGUAGCCAGGAUUUUUGCUGGGGGGGGGGGCAGGACCAACAUGAUUGGUCUGGUAGUUAAGUAUUUCUACUCUUUUACUUGUUCUAGGGCGAGGGGCAGCUGCCUCCCUUCCCCCCUUGGAUAUGCCCCUGGCCUAACCUACAUCACAGGGUUGUCAUGAAGAUUAAAUCCGGAUGCUACCAUGAAGGAAAAGUGGGAAAUUAAUGCAAUACUAGUGUAUUUCAGCCCGUUCAAUAACGGGCGCUAGAGCAUCUAUUAUUAUAUAGGAUUGUUGAAAUCUGCAGGCCUGCCUCGUUCCAUUGAUGCCAGUGGGUCUAUUUUGAGCCUGACUUUGUCAGAUCUCAGCCCUCGAUCUUAAAAGCACCAGAACGACUCGACAGGCUGAGAUCUCCGAAAUUGCCCCACUGCAUCUAAACCACCUCAAGCAAUCAGCAGCAUGUAGGAGCAGUUAAAACUUCCCCAUCGGAAAUACUUCUGUCCGCGACUACAGUAGGGGGUGGAGAAGACACUGAAUGCGGCUCCUGGGACCAUUGGCUCUGCCGCAUGCCCUCCUGGAGAGUGAGGGGAACGACGGCGGCUCCCCGCCUCUAUGAGAGAGAGAGCCCUGAGAGAGAGAGAGCGCGCGCGUUGAGAGCGGUGUGUGUGUGUGUGAGAGAGAGUGAGAGAGAGAGAGAGAGCGCUGAGAGUGAGCACGCGCGUUGAGCGCGUUGUGUGUGUGAGAGAGUUGAGAGAGAGAGAGAGCGCGCGUUGAGAGAACCCGGCCCCCUGAGGGUGAGGAGCUCAGGACGGGCAGAGGCCAGGGAUGGUGAGAGACGCUCGGGCCGGGCUGCUCCCGCUGCUGCUGUUACCACCGCCGCCUCCUCCUCCUCCUUCCUUCACCAGAACAACGGAGGCUGGUGAGGAAGGUGGCUCCGGGGCCACACAUGGCUGUCACGGGGUCGAAGCCGGGGUGGCGGCGGGGGUGGGGAUCCUCUAGGCGCCCGUGGAGGCCGGCGCUGGGAGCGGCCCGUUAGCACAGCCUCCGGCGCCGCAUGAGAGUGUCCUGGGUUCUCAGCCUAACUCAGCAGCCGCAGCUGCCCCCUCCGUGCCGACUCCUCCGCAUGGGGCUUGUCCGGGCUGGCGCCUCCUCAGCCACUGCUUCCUGCUCCUCCUCCCUCGCUUGCUCGCGGGUCUCUAAGGAAGGCGGGGGCAGCGCUGCUGCUGGAGGCUGCCGCCACAUUGACCCAUCUUCCACCUUCACCUCAGGUUGCCGCUACUGCCCAGGCAGGGAAACGGUAGGCAGAGGGGUUGGCGGAGCGGCGGUUGUCGGUUGUCUCUGCUGUCCAAUCCCUGUAUCCCUGGGGCACAUGCGCAGUGACCCAGGGACACACGGGACAGCUUGGACGCAGGGACAACUUGGACUUUAUAUAUAUAGAUCCCUGUAUCCCUGGGGCACAUGCGCAGUGACCCAGGGACACACGGGACAGCUUGGACGCAGGGACAACUUGGACUUUAUAUAUAUAGAUAUAUCAUCAUCUUUUUUUAAAAAAUAAAUGCAUAUUAUUGGUUUUCCAGUGAAGUUGUACAGUUGAAAAAAAGGAAGAAAUAAAUAAACUACAGUUGAACAAAAAGAGAUAUCACAUCGUUUUUCCUGUGGAGUAAGAUAUGGGGAGAGAGGGUAUAAAGCCAGUAUAGAUAAUACGGAGCAAUAAAAACAGCAGCCAUUCAUGUUAAUUCACAGAGCCAACCCCCCCCCCCAAAGCCAAUGUAUGGAACAGAGGGCUUUAAAUGUUUUGGAGGUGGAAUUAAUAAGAGU